CACCCCCAGGCCGGCCCAUGGCGCUGGGCUCCGCGGCGGCUCGGGCCGGCCGCUUCCUGCCCGCGCCACACUGAGCCGCGGGUGCCGGCCGCCGCAGCUCGGCCGCGCCAUGCGCGACUACGACGCGGCCACCGCCUUCCUGGGCGAAUGGGGACGCUUCCAGCGCCUCGUCUUCUUUUUGCUCAGCGCCAGCAUUAUUCCCAAUGGCUUCAACGGCCUCUCCAUCGUGUUCCUGGCCGGCACGCCCGAGCACCGGUGCGUCGUUCCCCGCGGGGCCAACCUGAGCGGCGAGUGGCGCAACGCCAGCAUCCCGCUGGAGCUGCGGGGCGGGCAGGAGGCGCCGAGCCGCUGCCGCCGCUACCGCCUGGCCGCGCUCGCCAACUUCUCGGCGCUGGGGCUGCGACCCGGCUCCGAUGUGGAGCUGGAGGCGCUGGAGCAGGAGCCGUGCCUGGACGGCUGGGAGUACAGCCGCGAUGUCUAUCGCUCCACCAUCGUCACCGAGUGGAAUCUCGUAUGUGCCAACGACUGGAAGGGACCCCUGAGCACCUCCCUGUUCUUUGUGGGUGUCCUGCUGGGAUCUUUCAUCUCAGGACAGCUCUCAGACAAGUUUGGCAGGAAGAAUGUGCUGUUUGCAACUCUGGCAAUGCAGACUGGCUUCAGUUUCAUACAGGUCUUCUCUACCAGCUGGGAGAUGUUUUCAGUGUUGUUUGUGCUGGUUGGCAUGGGACAGAUAUCUAACUACGUGGCAGCAUUUGUUCUUGGCACAGAAAUCCUUGGCAAAUCAAUCCGUGUGCUGUUCUCCACCCUGGGUGUUUGCAUCUUUUAUGCAGUUGGUUACAUGUUGCUACCUCUGUUUGCUUUCUUCAUCCGAGACUGGCGGAUGCUGCUGUUGGCACUGACCCUGCCCGGGCUGCUCUUCAUCCCGCUCUGGUGGGUCAUUCCAGAGUCUCCACGGUGGUUGAUCUCCCAGGGAAGGUUUCAGGAAGCAGAAGACAUCAUCCGAAAAGCUGCAAAAACUAAUGGCAUUACAGCCCCAGAUGUAAUAUUUGACCCUAGUGAGCUACAAGAUGUGAAUUCCCAGAAGCAACAGACAUACACCAUUUUGGAUCUAAUGAAAACUCGAAAUAUCCUAACUAUCACAAUUAUGUCAGUGCUUCUUUGGAUGAUAAUCUCAGUUGGCUAUUUUGGACUUUCUCUUGACACACCUAACUUGCACGGAGACGUGUACGUGAACUGCUUCCUCUCAGCAGUGAUUGAAGUCCCAGCCUACAUCAUUUCCUGGCUGCUGCUUCGCAAUCUCCCCCGACGGUACUCAAUGGCUGCUGCGUUAUUCUUGGGAGGCUGUGUUCUUCUCUUCAUUCAGCUGGUGCCUUCACAUAUCCGUGCGCUGUCUAUUUUCCUGGUGAUGUUGGGGAAGUUUGGAAUCACAUCUGCCUUCUCAAUGGUUUAUGUUUACACGGCUGAGCUCUACCCAACAGUAGUAAGAAACAUGGGAGUUGGAGCAAGUUCCAUGGCCUCCAGACUGGGCAGCAUCCUCUCACCUUACUUUGUUUACCUUGGUGCCUACGAUCGAUUCUUGCCUUACAUCCUGAUGGGGAGCCUGACUGUGCUGUCAGGAAUUCUCACACUAUUUCUGCCUGAAAGCUAUGGUAUGCCUCUUCCUGACACCAUUGAUCAAAUGCUGCGGGUGAAAGGAUUAGAAUACAGGCCUCCAUCUAGUAGCACAAGGGAUUCCAAGGAGGAAGAAGAAAAUCCAGAGAUUUUAAAAAGCACUGCUUUUUGAUGGAACUCCUAUGUAUUUCCUGGUGGACUGAAAGUUAAAUGGACUUUUCUUCUAAAUUUUAUUCUAGAAAGGGCUAGUGGCAACACUUCGUUUUCUGUAAUUUUAACGUUAUUUAUUAAUUUAAACACCGUUUUGCCUACAUUCUCUUUUUAUAUGAACAUAAAUACUUUGUAGCUUUCAAUGAAAUUUUUCAGCCACAGUUGUGUUCAUGCAGUAGUACCAUGGAGCAGAAUCUGAUCAAUCUUUUGUAACUUCACACAUAUAGUUCAGAUGAAAGAUACUGGAAAAGAGUUCAAGGGCUGGCAGGGUGCCUGGAUUCUUCAGUGAACCUCCUCCAGAGUUAAUGCUUACAUCAGGAGGUAAAAAUUGCCUGAAAAUGUAGCUCAUUGCUUUUGAUUCCUUGACUUCUGUUUCUGGACAGGAAACUUAUUUAUUAUAGUGAAGGUUUAUGAAAACGUGCCUCUCUGUGAUCUUACUCAAAUGACUUUGCAUGUGCUCAAUUUGUUACCAAGUUGAGAAAGAUGCAAAGAAAGAUUUUGAGAAUUAAUUCUAACCUACGUUACGAUAUGUUUUAACUCAGCAUAGACUGAAAGGAUUUUCUUGCACAAAAUAUUUAGCAUUCAAAUUUUGUUCACAAAAUUCACUUGAUUCCAAUGCUGGAUUCCAACUGUACCUUCUUGGUGAAGUUGUUUACAUCUGACCUUGGAUAUGGCCUUUUGUUCAGGCUGGAUUUAUUCUAAAUAAUGCAAAUGGUUUCACCUCUGUGUAGAGGGAGUGGUGUUAGUUUGGGAUUCUCCCUUUUCAAUAUGUGCUGAAAGUUUUAUGUGUAAAUUGUUUUAAUAUUUUCUGUGCAAUUUGGAUGAUGGAAACAAUUCUCCUGUCUUUGUUCUGUGUUUUUCCCACUCAUAUACACGUGCACACAAUGAAUAUAUUUAGGUGUAAAUUUUUAUGUCAAUCAUGCCAUUGCAUUGACCUCAUGGUGGAAUGUACUGAGAACAAAACUCAGAAUCUCUCUCUGACCACUGGUUCUUGAUCUUCAAGUGUGAACUAUAUAAUUGCUGUGAGGUCUGUUCAUUCUAAGUUUCACUUAACUUAUGUAAUCAGUGAAUUGCUUUUAAAUUGUUUAAAAAGAAACAACAAACCCAAAACAACAAUCUUGUUGACAGUCUGCCACAAAAUUGUUCCUUGUGCUAUGGAAGUUUGGCAUUACCUGUGUUUCUUUAAAUACACAAUAUAUAUGUACACAGAGUCUCAUUUGUGCUAUGCUGGUUACCGUGACAAAUGUGAGUGGUGAAAGGUUUCUCUUUCAUGGCACUUGUGUUUUGUUCUGUCUUGUUAAAUUAAGACAAUAAUAAUAAACAGCCUAAACCUU